ACAAAGAGAAUAGCACCUGGAGAUUUUUCUGAAAUUUGCCGCACAUUGAAGAAGGCAUGUUAAUUGAUUGUUCAUUUCUCAUCUGAACGAUUCCAAAUGGCAUAUACUUUUUAAAAUUCUGAUGAUUAUAGUUUAUGAUAAGCGUUUGAAGUGUUUUUGGCGCAACACCGUGCUUAUUUUACUUGUAUAAUUUACAUUUUUGUUUCUAUUCGGUGCAUUGUUGCUGAUUCAUUACAUUGUAGGCCAUCACUGAUGUGAACAUUGCUGUAGCUGUUGAAGCCAUACAAGCAAUUGGGAAUCUUGCUAGGGGACUAAGAACCCAUUUUUCAGGAAGCUCACGGCUCCUACUACCUGUUUUACUGUCAAGUUUUGGAAUUUUAAUUUUAAAAUUAAUUAAUCAUAUAUCAAAAUGCAUGUUUGGAUGUGUAGUUUUAUGCCUCCACUGCAUUUUUCAUUUCAAAGGAGCGCUGAUCAUGUUUCCUUUACCUUUAAUUUGCAUGAGUUUAGGCUAAGUUUGUUCUUUGUUUAGAAAGCUCAGAUUGGAAGGUUCUAUCUACAGUUGGUGCGGUUGCAUCUUCUAUGGGGCCAGCAGUUGAGAAAUCAUGCAAGGGCAUUCUCUCAGAUAUAUUAAAAUGUCUUGGUGACAAUAAGAAGCACAUGAGAGAGUGUGCUUUGAACACACUUGAUGCUUGGGUAGCUGCUGUUCAUCUAGAUAAAAUGGUACCAUAUAUUACGGCUUCGUUGACGGAUGCUAAAAUUUGUGCGGACGGGCGUAAAGAUAUUUUUGAUUGGUCAUCCAAACAGCUUAAAGCAAUGAAAGAAUUUCCUGAGGCACAUUUUUUUCUAAAACUUGCUGCUUCUGUUAUGACGGAUAAAUCAGCUGAUGUUCGGAAAGCAGCCAAUUUUUUAUUUGGUGAAAUUCUGAGAAUUUGCGAACAAGAGAUGGUUACCAAGCACUAGAGACAUAUUCAGGGAAAUUCUUUAGCCGUCCUCAUUGAACGGCUAAGACCGGAUGGGGGCUUACAAGGUUUGAAUCAGGCAAAACAAUAACAACUGUGCUCUCGACCAAAAACAACCCAAUGUUGGGAAAAUCCAAUGCCCCUGCGCCUCACUUUGAAAACAGAAAAGUUUUUCGUGUGAGGAGUUCGAGGCAGGAGUCCCUCAUGUCUUCCCAUGGGAUCGGUUUACAGUCACAAGCUUUGAUAAAUAUUAAGGACUCUAACAAGGAUGAGAGAGAGAGAACUGUAAUUCGCAAAUUUAAGUUUGAGGAGCCACGUCUUGAACAGAUUCAAGAUCUUGAGAGUGAUUUGAUGAAGUUCUUCAGAGAAGAUUUCCACAGGAGGCCUUUAAGCUCCGACUUCAAGAAGCAAGUUGAUGGGAUUGAAAUGUUACAAAAGGCGCUGCCAUCUUCAAGAAAGGAAAUAAUUGAAGUUCUUGACAUACUCUUAAGGUGGUUUGUCUUGAGAUUCUGUGAAUCCAACACUGCAUGCAUUUUGAAGGUCAUCACUGAUGUGAACAUUGCUGUAGCUGUUGAAGCCAUACAAGCAAUUGGGAAUCUUGCUAGGGGACUAAGAGCCCAUUUUUCAGGAAGCUCACGGCUCCUACUACCUGUUUUACUGGAAAAAUUAAAAGAGAAAAAGCCUGCUUUAACAGAGGCACUAACUCAAACACUCCAGGCAAUGCACAAGUCUGGCUGCAUAAAUUUCUCGAAUAUUGUUGAAGAUAUUAAGGCAGCUACAAAAAACAAAGUUCCACUUGUUGGAUCUUUGACAUUGAACUGGCUCACAGUUUGUAUUGAAACAAGCAGCAAGGCUAUUAUUCUCAAAGCUCAUAAGGAGUAUGUUCCUAUUUGUAUGGAGUGCCUGAGUGAUGGAACACCAGAGGUUAGAGAUGCUGCAUUUUCAGCUUUGUCAGCUAUUGCUAAGUUGGUUGGCAUGCGACCUUUAGAAAAAUCAAUUGAAAAACUCGAUGAUGUCAGAAGGAAGAAGCUUUCUGAAAUGAUUGCUGGGGCUAGUGAAUCUGAUGUUGCAGUGCCAUCCUCUGGAGCAAUUGUACCUUCCUCCACGGCAGCAGAUGGAUCAUUUGUUAGGAGGUCAGCUACUAGUAUGCUUAAUGGGAAAAAUGCUGUUCAGGCUGCUCCCAUCAAUAAGAAAGUAGUGCCUGCAAAACCUGGAGCUGCCAAAAAAAGGGAACGGAGGCGGGCAGUUGAAACUGUCCAAGUCUGUGGAUGUUGAAGAUGUAGAGCCAGAAGAUAUGAGUCUCGAACAGAUUGAGAGCAGAAUAGGUUCCCUUAUACAGCUGGACACAAUUUCCAUGUUGAAGAGUGCAUCAUGGAAAGAGAGGGUUGAAGCUAUCCUGUCGUUUAAAGGGCAGGUUAUGGCACUUCAAGAACUUGACCCAUCAGUAGAGAUUUUGAUUCGAUUUUUAUCUGUUGUCCCUGGAUGGAAUGAAAAGAAUGUGCAGGU